CACCCCACGAAUGCAAGCCCAGUUACAUUUGCUAGGCCCGUUUCAGAUUAGGAUACAAAAUAUCCACCGGCCGAACUGAGAAGCGACAAAUCAUUUUUUUUUUCUGAAACAACGCAAAGAGCUUCAAUUUCAUUCAAUCAAAUAAGCUUCUUACAUGAAUUCAUCGCAGUAUAUGGAUAAGCAGAUCAUGGAUCUAUCGAAUUCGCAGAACAGCAACAACAACAAUGACUUCAUCGAUCUCGUUAACCCUCAGGCGGAUCGUCACAUUACCGGCGAUGAUCAGAAGAAAGAAGAUAUUGUUCCCAGUUACGAAUUUCAUCCAAUUCGCCCAAUUGGAUCUUCAUCGCCCAAAUCUAAUAUUGAUUCUAGUAAUGUUGGCGUAGCUAGGGCUUGGAAUUCUGCUGAUUCCAAAAACAACGCUGAGAGUAAUAUCAGAAAUUAUGGUUCUCUUGACACAAUUGGACCUACCAAGGUUAUUGUGGAGAAAGAUUUGGGCAGUGUUUAUUCAUCUCUAUUAUCAGAGAUUGAUCAUACAGUUAAGAAGUAUGCUGAUAAUCUUCUACAUGCAGUGGAGGGAGUGAGUGCUCGCCUAUCACAGUUGGAGACUAGAAAUCGCCAGAUUGAUAACUCUAUUGAUGAACUCAAGUUGUCCGUUGGUAACAACCAUGGUGUCACUGAUGGAAAACUGAGACAACUAGAAAAUAUUCUCAGAGAGGUGCAAGAUGGCGUUCAGGUGAUAAGAGAUAAACAAGAAAUAAUGGAUGCUCAGUUGCAGCUCAUGAAAUCACAAGCUCCAAAGAUUGAGCAGCAAGCGGAAACCCAUAGUACUACACAUACAGAUUCAUCCCAACCUACAACUGCUCCUCUUCAUUCUCACCAGCAAUUUCCUCCUGUUGCCCUUACACAACAACCUUCUACCCUAGCUCCUCCACCCCCUCAACAGAAUCUGCCAUACCAAGUUCAACUUCAGAACCAGUUUCCCCAUAAUCCUAUUCCCUCCCAUCCUCAGCCAGAAGCUUAUUACCCACCAGCUGGUCAAGCACCAGAAAACUUAGGUCAUCAGUACCAAUCGCCUGUAGCACAGCAGCAUCAACCUUCCCCACCACCUCCUCAUCAACAACAUCAGUCCACCCCUCAGCCUAUCUACUCUCAGCCACCUCCACCUGCUCAACCACAUCUUACUCAUCCCUCGCAACCUCAACCUCAACCUCAACCUCUAGUAGGCCAUCAUCGUGAAGAGACACCUUUUGUACCAUCCCAGACUUAUCCACCGCCAAGCAUACGCCAACCUCCUCAUUCAUCUAGUGGAGCACCUCCAUCACAGCAGUUAUAUGGAACUCCCCCUAAUAUAUUUGAGCCCCCAUCUAGCAGACCUGGCCCCGGAUAUUCUGGUGUAUAUGGACCAUCCUCUAUGCCUGGUGACCCUUAUCCUUAUAGCAGUUCCCCAGGCCAGUAUGGCAGUGGCUCUUCAAUGAAACCACCACAAGUUUCCCUACCUUCAAUGGGCCAGAGUGGUUCAAGUGGCUAUCAGCAGCUCCCCACUGCAAGGAUAUUACCUCAAGCACUUCCUACUGCUUCUGCUGUUAGUGGUGGGUCUAGUUCUCCCGGUAGUGGUAAUAGGGUUCCUAUUGAUGAUGUUGUUGACAAAGUUACAAACAUGGGAUUUCCAAGAGACCAAGUAAGGGCAACAGUUCGGAGGUUGACUGAGAGUGGACAGACAGUGGAUUUGAAUACGGUGUUGGACAAGUUGAUGAAUGAUGGUGAAGUUCAGCCACCACGAGGUUGGCUUGGUCGGUAGCAUGGUUCGUCUUGUUCAAGUUCUUGUAUAGAAAUUCUUGAGUUUCGAAGUCUUAAAUUUUUUACUAUGCUUGGAUUUAAGCGGCAUUCUUUAAUGGUUUGGCGCUUUGUUUUUGGGACUGUCCUGAAACUUGAUACUUGUUCUUUCUCACUAGAUAGAGAUUUGUUGAUGUGACAUUUCCCUUUGUUUUGCGUUUCCUUUCUUCUAUUCUCUUGUACAGCAUCAUUGGAGACAUUUAACUUUGCUUUUGUUUGAUCA